UUGUGAAAACCUCGCCGCAGUCGAAAGAAUUUCUUAGAUUUGUCUCGUAAAAAGAAUUUCUUUUUUUUUAUAAUUCAAGUGCGAAGAAAUUGUUCUUUUCUGCUAAGGGUGGAAGGUGGAGGGACAAAAAGACGAAGACGCUAUGUAGCUAUUUGGCAUGAAAAGUUUUCCAACUGCACGGUGUAUAUAAUCUAAAAACUCCCAAAGUGAAAUAUUAAUUGAAAAGUGUAAAUAUAGCAUUGCAUAUACAUAAGUAUAAGUAUGCAAGAUUUAAUGCCAUCCACUUUGCAAUAUCUUGUUCUUCUUCAGUGAAACCUUAAAAAUUAAAAGUUUCUGUUCGGCAUAACUUCGUCCUAAAUUCAGCGAGUGGAAAAUAUUUGAUGAAAAGCUCUGGAACUUCAACGAAAGUUACACACAGAAGAGCUCUUUAGGGUUAAAAUUGAGGGUGUUCUUUUUUUUCCUGUGCGAUGAGUUCUCUCCGAUAGAAAACAUUAAAAUUUUCACCCGAAAACAUUAUUGCACUUUACAGAUUAAAUCAGAAGCAUUUAAAAUUUUGAAUGUGUUGCUGAUGAAGAUGUGUAAUAAACAGAAAGUGAAUUAACUUCCACGAGCUUAUAGUGAAAAUAAAUUGCAGAGAACAGAAUUUUGUGGUAUUCAUCUCAUGAGAAAUCCUCAAAUAAAAUCGCAAUGGUUGGCACCAUGCCAAAACCAUGUAAUAUGUAUGUAAUUCGUGUGAAUGAAGAAAAAUAAAUAAUUGCAUUAAUAAAUACAUAUUUGGAGAGGAAAAUUAUUCAUAAAUUAUUGCAAAAGCAAAUAGAUGUGAAUAUUUCUGUGUCAGAGGAAAUUCGGAAGGAAGUGAAAUUGUGUGGAGAGACGUUGAUGAGCAAAAAUGUCUUCGACAGCCGCAGAAACGAUGUACGACAAGUGGAAUGGAGUGGAAAACAAUUUAAUUAAGUUGCGCCUCAAUAAACCAGAAUCAUGGAACUGGCAAUUGACCACGUCCAAAUCAUCGCCAAACAUUGCAUUUCCUCGUAUUCAGCUCUAUGAUAGAGAAGGUGAACUCCUGGCGGAUACAAAUGAGGCUGAUUGCACCAUUGGGAACAAAUGUCGAAAUAAUAGACCAUCUCCAUCGUCGAGUGGUGGCAGAGAGAAAACACGUCGCGAUAGUUUGAAAAUUUUCAAGACAUCAGCUCUUCCGGAAGUUAUUGCCGAAUCCAAAUUGGAGGACUCACCAAGCGACACACAGUCCCAACAAACUGACACAUUUAACGAGCUUGUGCACCGUGAUUCGCUGAAAAUAUCCCAUGCUCGAUCAAAGAGUCUCCAAGAAGGGAAAAUACAUCACAAGAGUAAACAUGUGUACAUGGAGGAGCCCGAAAACUUUCUCAAUUCUUUUGUGAAUCAAUUGGAGAGGAAUGGGAUCAAUUACAAGAUCAGACGACGAAAUAGCUACGAUGUGAAUACAAAGUUGAUGCGUGAAGACAAUCAGUUGCACGAUGAUGGUGAAAAUUCGCAAGAGGACAAGCAAGGGAAAUACGGGAAAUCAAUAAGUUGUAGCGAUUUAGAGAAAUCGGAAAUGUUGGCAAAUUGCUAUGUGCCAGAUGGUGUAUCGAACAUAUCGCCCAUACACACACCGGAACGGAUGAAUUAUGCGAUAGUAAAAAGUAAGAGCGCCAUAACGAUGCCAUUGGAUGCUAAAGGAUCUGGGUGUAGGGAGAAAAAGAGGUAUCGCCGCACAAAUAGCGUGAACUCCCUUAGAUUCUCCAAAUCAAUUCUCGAGCGAAUUAGCGAAUUCAAGAGGCGCUCCUCAUCCACAGACAGCCAAGAAUUCAACGAAGAAGUGGAGCAGAAGGAUGAGGAGGAGGAUGCUGACGAAGAUAAGCCAAAGUACUUCCUUCGCACAAGUAAAGCAGGGACAUUGUUGGUGUGUGAGGAGAGCUUUCGCAAUCGCCGUGUUCGGAGGCGCGCUCGAAGUUCUUCAAGUAAAAGUAGAGAUAUGGGAUGCGGCGGCGAGUCAACAGCCGUUGAGCCGACAAAACGAUAUAGCCAUGAGAAAAUCACUCAUACCUUCGAAUAUGUCGGCUCUGGCCUUAAUGAGGAGCCAAAAGUUUCCUCUGGUCCGGAAAUCAAUUCAAAAGGCAGAUAUGAGCGAGAGAUAGCCAAUAUCGAUGGGCUAAUUGAAAAAGUAGUCGCUCAGGAGAGGGAGUACAACCUGGAUGCGAAGGAGAUGAAAAUCUCUUCGGCACUGAGGUGUGAACAAGGAAAUACCAUUAAUGGAAGUGAAAAUCAGCAAGUGGGAGGGAAAUUGGAUUAUGGGGACUUGGGUACAAUGCGAAGAAGGAGACGUAGUCGCUCUAGGCGAAAAAGUGCAAAAGAUGAUAAAUUAUGUGAAGAACAACAUGGAAAUCGACACAGAAUACAUCGAAGUGUCAGUGCCGACCCAACAAACUAUCGUACCAGCAUUCAUUCCCACCAAGGGGAGCACUCAUCAUCUGAUGAGAACAAUGACAGAGAUGAAUUGCACCGGAGGAGCCGUCGAUCCCGCAGGAAGCACACAAAGGACGAUGUUCACAGCAGCAGAAGUGGUGAUCAACUUGUGGCACUCAAUGCUGUGGCUGUUCCUGGAAAGGAUCAAAACACGCCAUGCCUUCUCAAUGAACCAUCAGAUCAGGUUUUCUUGCGCCUUGUACGACGGCUAGCAACGUUGCAGCACCCACAGAGUGCGGUGGAAGUGAAUCACACAAAAGUGGAUAAUUUCAUCCCGAAUCAAAAUCAAGGAGGUGAAGUGAAGGAAAAUAACACGAAGAAAUUGAUUAGUGAUACAAAGGAGAUAUGCACGAAGUACGGGAGUGAAUUAAAUAAUAACAUCAGCAAUGAAAGUGCACAUCCCUGUUAUGAGAAAGAAACUAGAGAGAACGAACGACGAUAUAUUGGUGUUAGUGGUAAUGUUGCGAGUAAUGCUAGAGAAGAGAUAUGUGCUGCCAAAUUAAUUAAUUGUGGGAGUGAUAGUGAGGAUACUAACGAAGAGGGCGACAGUGCGAAAGUGAAAAAUAGAUCGUUGUUUUGUGCUGAAAAAGAACCGAGAUAUCCAUAUACUAUGGGAACUAAUGCAUCCCGACAGUCUGGGAAAGGAUUAUCAGGGAGACGGAGUCAGUCGUCAGGCAAUUUGUGCAAUGGAAAACAUCAAACCCCAAAUGGUACUCAAUGUUCCAGGAAUGGCCCCAAAGUGAAUCUUCGUUCUGGAGUUGAGACUCAAAACAACAUUCAGCCCACAACAACCUCAAAUCGACGCUGUGAUGAUAAUAAUUGUUCCAGAAUUAAUUCAACUUCAACAUUACGUAGUGAGGUACAUACAAGGAAUGGGGAAGAUGCAGGCGGUAGUGCAGAAAUUGACCACAUAAUUGGUGUUAGCAUAAAGGACCGUAACAAAUUUUGUGGUAGCCUACCAAACCAUUUGGAUGUGGAUGAUAUUGAACCGGAUACAAAUUUCUCAAAUACACAAAAUAAAUAUGAAGUAGCGACAGCGGGAGUGUUCAAGUGUACAUCAGAGAAUAAUGGCACAAUAGACCGAGCCGAGUACGUGACGGUAGUCCCAAGGAAGCAACCAUAUCCGCCAGUCCAGCAAAAUUCACAACAGUCCGAUCAACAAUAUUCGGGGAAACAAAGCUCUCCAUACAACAGCAGCAGCGGGAAAGGAUCCAUAACAUCGUCGAGUAAUCUAGGCGGUAGUACGUUCAAAGCCAAUGUCGACAAUAAAUUGGACCUGCAGUUGAAAAUGCCGGCGACUCGUGUGAAUUUUGAUCCCAGCUGUGACCAAGGGUAUGGGAGUGAGCGCUCACCCGAAGAUGAGUUGCCACCACCACUAUUCACUGGUUCGGAAGAUGAAAACUUUGAGACGCCUCGGUUGCCUAGUCAUGUGACCUACUGGAGUGAGGAUGGUGCUUUCAAAUUCAGCAAUCUGGGAUAUGAGUUUAUUACCAAAGACUGUACCUUUUCAGUUCAAAUAGCUAAAGGACCUCGUGGCUUGGGUCUCUCAAUUUCGGGUGGGGUGGAAUCUAAUUCAGCCUUCCCUGGUCUAAUUCGCAUCAAAAGACUGUUUCCACACCAAGCAGCUUGGGCCACUGGAAUGCUUCAUCCGGGUGACAUUCUCCUCGAAGCGAAUGGGACACCGCUCACGGGCUUAACCAAUUACGAAGCCCUGGAAGUACUGCGAACUACACCCAACAAUAUAUUGCUAAUUGUGUGUCGCCCCAACGACGAGCAGUACCGUAAAUUGUCCCCGCCAACGGAGCCACCCAGGCCACCCCAGCGAACCAAUCUUUUCCCAACCACUAGUCAACCCUACUGCGAGCCGCUGUCGCCACUCCAAACUAAUUUUAAUGGGGAAUUUGAAAUAAUUUUGGUGAAGCAGCAAGGCUCUUUGGGAUUCACCUUAAGGAAGGAGGACGAAUCCGUUUUAGGACAUUAUGUAAGAGCUCUUGUCCGUGAGCCUGCCACAACAGACGGUCGCAUAAAGCCAGGAGAUAAAAUUAUGGCGGUUAACGAUGUCCCACUGUCGCACAUGACACACGAAGAGGCUGUGAUUUUCCUGAGGCAAGCUGCAGAGACGGUGAAACUUCGACUGUACCGUGAUGUUGCUCAAACUCCUGUAGCUGCCUUAUCGCCCACAAAUCCGGAGAAUAAAGACAUUUCAGAUUCAUUAAAAACGAAAGUUUAUUUAAGACCAGAAGCCAUCAAUUUGUUGAGUGAUUUGGCGCAUAGGAAACAGACACCUUGCGGCGGUGAUUCGAGCGGUUCAUCCAUGAAAUCAAGUGCCACGUCGCCACGGAGGCUUAGACGAUGUGCUAAGAGUAGUUUAUCGGGUUCUCAGACGCAAAGUGAUUGUGGAUCGACCCAUUAUGUUGUGUGCAGUCAACCGACGUCAUCGUCUGUAUAUUCAGAUUCUGAAGCAUCUACCCUGAGUCAGCCAUCCUAUGCCAUCAAUGCCAUGCAUUGUGCAUCGGGGUGCUGCAAUAGUGACACAUACACAAUUCGUGAGGGUGAAUCCGAGUCAGAGGUGGAUUCAAGUGUGCACCCAAUGACCCUCGAGACGGACAUGUCGGCCGAUGAGCGACAGGUGGCGAAUCGACCAAACUUCCUUAACCUUGGUGCUGCAUGUCAGGGUGGAAAUACACCUGUCGUAUCGCGUAAGCCAAUGUUUCAAUUUACAGUUCCAUCCAAUGCAUAUGAGCUCAAUAACCUCGACAAUGAGGUCCUCGAUGCGCCAAUAUAUCACCAAAGCAUACCGUCUUCCAAAGACAAUCCACCGGGCGAUGCUAGUCAAGACUUUACGAGUUUACCAUGUGAAACAUUUCUAGUAGCGUGUAAGACUGAAAGUGACCUUAGAGAUAUCGUCGAAGCGAAUUUCAAUCAUCGAAAUCCCAUUUACCAAUCUGCACAACUGCAAAUGAAUAGGGACGAAGGAGCAACAUCUUCGGAGAACACUGACGAUGGCAUCAAGCAAGACGGAACGAAAAGUUUGCUGAAAUGGAAGGGUGUAAUGUUUUCACCGGAAGGUGAGCAGAAGGAAGAGGAAACACCCGAGGCGGACACAGAAAAUGGCUCCCUGGUCCCAUCUAAUCCCACCGAUCGUGAAAAUCUACUCAAAGGUCUCAAUAGAGAUGGCUACAAGAUGAUCACGGUAGAAUUACACAGAGGUUGGAAUAGUCGCUUGGGAUUUAGUCUCCAGACGGAUAAAGACAACAAGAGAGCCGUCAUCAGUGCAAUUUACAGCGAUAGCGUUGCCGCUAAGGAUGGAAGACUCAGGGUCGGGGACCAAAUUAUUAUGGUAAAUGAUGAGCUUGUCAAUACUACACAAACAUCAGAGAUAAUAGACUUGCUGCGAAUUAUAAGAGGAUCCAUUUGCAUAGUCGUCCAGCGUAAGGAGCAAGAGCGAUAAAAAAGUAAACUUCUUCUAUUAUAAAUAUCCAAUUAAAAAAUAUAAGUACGUGUGUACAACAAAAAAAAGUCUAACAAGAAAUAUCCAAAAAUAAUGCGACUGUUUUUUAUUACAUUUCACACAUAUAUUUUAUGAGAGCAAAUAUUGAGAGAUUGGGUGGUGUGAUUUUAGAGUGACUAUAAUAUAGUGGAAAAUAAAAUACACUGUUUGUAAUAAAUUAAUGAAAAAAGAAAUUAAAAAUCACAUGAAAUUUUCAAUUGAGCACAAAUAAAAAUCACAUGCGCCAAUUUACUCAUUUUAAUUAAUUGUAAAAAAAACAUAUUAUGCACGUACAUGAAGUCCUAUAAAUGUGAUGAUCAUUUCAGAUAUAAAAAAUAUAGAUAAAUAAAAAAACUUUUAUUCCAUAAAUUAUUUAUUUCUGUUCACAGUUUUUUUUUACACCAAAGGAUUUAAAAAAAAUGUUAUGUAAAAUAUUUCAAGCAUGUUAUGCGUGCAAUUUAUAAAUCAUUUGCGAAUGUGAAAAAAAAAAGAAAAAAGAAGCAAUGUGAAAAUCUGAAUGUAUUGUGUUGUUAAAACUUUAGGAUAAUUUCUAGGAAAAAAAAAGGUUGAAAAAAUAGAGUAUAAAUGAAACUUUCUUUUGUAUAAAAAUCCAUUUGAGAUUUAAAUACAUAACAUUGGAUACGUAUGAGAAA